UUUGCUUUUGAAGAAAGAAAGGUAAAAAGAAGACGUAGUUUACUUCAACUUAUCCAGUGGCUCCACUUAGUGCUUACUUUUGAAGUGAAAAUUACUAUUUUAAAAGAAAUGGCGUUCCAUUCGAAAUUCAGCAUACGAGCCAUCCUUGGUGAAGAGAUAGAAACUGUCCCCCGUCCCGUAAACGGAGAAGAUCACCGGGAACGACCCAACCUGGAGCGCCCCAAAUUUUCUUACGAUUCUUUAAUCAUGAUGGCGAUAAGAGCAAGUCCCAACAGACGUUCGACAUUGGCGGAAAUUUAUAACUACAUCGAGAAACAUUUUGCAUAUUAUCGGACCUGUAAAACAGAUUGGCAAAAUGCCAUUCGUCAUAAUUUGAGCAUGAAUGAGUAUUUUGUCAGAAGUCCCCGUGAAUUAGACGAGCCUGGUCGUGGAGGAUAUUGGAGCCUGUCGUUCGCAGGCCAACAUUCAUUUGUUGGGAAUGAUACAGGGAGACUACGCCAACCUCCGGUUCCUCCAGCACCAAUUAUGAACUGCUAUUUCGUACCUGCGCCUGUGAUGGGUGGGGUGGUGGCAUAUCAGUACGAGAAUUCUGGAGCAGUUGGAGGCAUGUAUUAUCAGAUGGCGGGUCCUAUACUCAAAGCGCCGGAAGACGAAGUUGCCAACAUCCUUCGUUGAUUUAAUUCCCUUUAAUUAAUUACUGUUAUUUAAGAACAGAUAAGAUUAAGCUAAAAUUAUUUGUACCAUAUUAGAGUUAAAUUAAAAAUGUAAAAAGGACUUCAAAUAGCUUUGGAUAAAAUUUGGAUGAAAUUUGACGCGGCAUCGACAAAUUCGAUGCAGUGCAAUCAAUUGUGCGCCGCUUUUAAAGUAGUUAAAUGGUUUAGAAAUUUCCAUAAGAUAGUUUGGAACACAUAUGUAGAAUGAUAAAUGUAGUCGAAAGAAAAGUAUUUAUAAAUAUAACGUUUUUGAAUUCAUUUUGAAGGAUUUAGAACAAAUUUCGGAUAAGGUCGAAAAGGUCGCAAAGAUUGAUUAAGCGAUAUUUGCAGGAAACUUCAGAAAUGUGGAGGUAAUUUUCAACUAUAUAUAUUAUUGCAUGCGUAAUA